AUGCCUCCCACGCCCAAGGAAAUCAGCAACAACAUAGACCGGGCUAUCGACCAUCUCAAUGCACAGUGGGAUCUCGGGCUCCCAAGACCCCAUGGUAUUGAAGGCGACCAAGCUGAUGAAACUGAUCGCCUGGCUGGCAAAUGCUCGAAGUUGAUCAGAUUCCUCUGCUUUAAAACCGACGAUACCAAAACGGCCCUCCCCGACUUCGAACAGAGUGCAAGGCAUAUUCACUCUCAAUGGGUCUUCAAACCCUCCCAGGAACCGGGAACCCUGCCUGUGUUGCCUGUAACCAAGAGCCUGGUCGCCCGGAAGAUAGGCUUAGUCCGCCUUAGCGACCCCCAGCGGCGGGAACUUCUCCAACUUUUGUACAAGAUAUUGAAGGAGAAGAAGGAAAACUAUGAGCUGGCGCGAUUGUCGGAUGCGUUUUCGAACGAACCAGCUUCUACCUUGACGGCAUCGUUUGCCACAGCUCCAACAUCUCCAGUAACAGAGACAGCGCCCCGAAGGGAAGAGCUCUCUACGCCGCCCCGCAAGCUCUCGAAACCCGAAUCUCUAAAGAACGAACCAGAUGAGCCGCAGCAGAAGCACCCUGCGACCUCAAAGAGAACAUUGGGCACGUCCAAUGGGGUCAGUCAAACAUCUAGAUUUGAGUUUCCUUCUGCUCACCUUUCACUGCAGCGAUGUAAGCGACAGCAAACGCUGUCCGAGUUCCAACAAUUUCAGCACGUACCGCCACCCCGUCCUCUCCAAGCCCCUGAUCCGAUCAGCUUUGAUACUGUAGUAUCUACCGCGGCGACCUCCGUCUUCUCGGGCGUCGGCGAAGAGAACGAAGGAGCAAUGUCAAAUAAUACGUCCAUGAUCAGUUCCCAUGCCGAAGACUCCCAGGACCUUUUUCCAACUCAAGAUUACAACGAAAUAUUUAGUGACGAGCAAUUCUCUACCUCGUUUAAUGAACUAAGCAAGGUUCCAAGCCUGCCCGAGCAAGCUGAUCAUAAUUUAGACGACACUUUUACGGUACAUGCAUUGCUCCCGCCACAUGUACCCUUCUGGUACUGUUGGGAAUUACAUCGACUUGCACCUCUUCUAGAUCUGAAACCAAUUGAGCUUUACCAGAGACUCGAAGAGAUUCACAGGAAAUCCGUCACUUUAGAGGAAGUAUGGGGCACGAUUAAGGAACUUUGCCGUGCAAAAGGCUUGCGCACGCUGCCUGAGAAGUCUGGGCUCCCGGAUUGGAUGGUGCGACAAGGAAUUUACAUGGAUGACAAGACAAACAAGGUCGCCCACUUCACCGCCGCCUUGGAUUGGAACGAUGAUCCCUCCCAGGGAUUGCUUCAACUUCAACUCAACCCCAUUCAGCUUGAGCAGUCAUGCCGCUUCGAGAGAAAAUUUGGUGCUGACAGAUUCCUUACGCUCUCCGGUCCCUCCUUCACACCGCCAAAGCUUUCCGACAAAUCAAGACAACACAAAAACAAGGAUCCGCCGUCGUACGACGAGGUCGUUGAAUUCCUCGCGACGAAUUCGCAUUUUAUUGCAGGUAGGCGCUGGCGAAUAUGCUUCGUCGAAAAGGAGAAUGCUAAAGGACGCGCUAACAAGGCGCGGUCGCAACGUUCAAGGAUCAUCCUGUUUGCAGAGAGCGGAUUUGACAUAAUUCCACGACCUUUCUUGAAACUCAACAUACCAAUUCUCAAGGGCCAGGGUCAACACCGCAAUAUUAUGCGGCAAGAUCUAAUGCAAUGGCAUAUGCCUCUUGAUGCCAACACAAAUUCGACGGAUCUGAGACUAUUCUCUAGAUGGAGCCUUGGAUUUUCGAGGACGACUCCAACGGUAGAGCUAAAACGACAUGAGUUUCUGAAGAGGCCUGACGAACUUGGUGAUGAGCCUGACGACGGUACUGGACGCAAAGUAAUGAAUGACGGAUGUGCAUUGAUAUCCCACCCACUCGCCAAAGCUAUUUGGGCAGCAUGCGGCGGCGAAGGAGAGCCACCCUCUGCUGUCCAAGGGCGCAUUUCCGGCGGAAAAGGUCUAUGGCUAGUGGAUUAUCAAAACCAAAAUCCCAAUGUCAGUGAAAGGAACUACUGGAUCGAGGUUUCAGAGUCACAGCUCAAAAUAAAGCCACACCCUCUCGACCGUGUCGAUGCAGAUUCGGAUGCGACUUUACGCACGUUUGAGGUAUUGAAGUUUGCAAGCGAAUGUAAGCCAGCACGCUUGAACAUACAACUUAUCAAUGUCCUCGAAAACGGGGGGGUUCCGCGCUCAGUUCUUCAAGAAGCAUUACAAUCGGAUGUGCAAUCGUUCACCAACACUCUCACAGAAGCAAUGAAAGAUCCGAGACACCUUCGACUCUGGAUGCAAGAGCACGCCCGUUCGUCACGUCUCGAGGCCAACAAAGUGCUGGGCUCAUUUCCUUCCGACCGCAAAGAACAAAUCAAACUUCUUCUCGAAUCCGGCUUUCAUCCGCAGACAUGCAGAGUGCUUAUCGACAAUGCUUAUAUUCUGCUCAGUCAUUGGAUGACAAACUAUGUGGAUAAAAUGCGGAUUUUGAUACCACAUUCUACAUCAGUUUUCUGUGCGCCGGACCCGUUGGGGGUGCUUGCACCCGGUGAAGUCUAUCUCGGUUCUUCGAACCCGGUUACGCAUCCCGUUACUGGGAUCAGAGAAAACACGCUUGAAGACCUUGAAUUUCUCGUGGCUCGGAACCCAGCGCUUCUAGCAUCCGAUAUGCAGAAAUGUAGGUCUGUCUAUAAACAUGAGCUCCGUCACUAUAAGAACGUCAUCUUGUUCCCUCAGCGGGGUGAUAUUCCUCUGGCGUCUUUAUUAUCUGGCGGCGACUACGAUGGUGAUGUUGUGACUUGCGUCUGGGAUCCGAAGAUUGUUCGACCUUUUCGUAACACGAAUAUGCCACUUCUGCCAAAUCAGAUCGAUUGUGGUAUGAUUCAGCGCUCGAAACCAGUGUCUGGGAUAUUCAAUGGAAGACUUUCUCCUGAUCAAGCUUUCAACGACUAUUUCCGCAGAUGUAUUGCAUUCAAUGCUCGGCCCAACCUGCUUGGUACGUGCACAUCGGAGCACGAAAGACUCGUUUAUGCCCUUGGCCAAAGACGACACGGCGAUAGACUAUUGCACCCUGGUGCCGUGCAACUAGCAGCGCUUGCGGGCUUUCUAGUUGACAGUAAUAAGCAGGGCUGGGACCUUCCCGAGGAUGUCUGGUAUAAAGUCCGCAAAAACGCGAGUGGUUUAGACAGCUUGCCAAAACCCGCCUACAAAAAUGAGACUGCCCCAAGGAAAAUUUCUCCGGGCCCUUACUUAAACGUGAUGGACUUUCUCAAGUUCGACGUUGCCGAGACUCUCAAAGAGCAAGUAUUGCGAGAGUUUGUGAAGUUAGGACAGGACGAAAAGGUCCUCAACUACGACAGAGACCUAAGUCGCCCUUGGCUUUACUGGUGCUCACUAGUAGAAGAGGACAAAAUGAAGAAGCGAGCCAGUCGGCAUCGAUUUGAAGGGGGUGCUUACGGGACAACGACAGCCUCGCCAGGUGCUACAGACUUGGAGAUACUCGCCGACUUGCUGGAAGGCGAGCAAGGUCUGCUUGACCACAUCACCGAAGUAAAGGAGCAAUGGAGCAAAUUGUCCUCCGCUAACCGAGCCGGCUUUGAAUCAACAUGGAACGAAGUCAAGGACUGGGGGGAUUCGAAGGAUUUCGGUCUUGCUGUACAAACUGUCUACGAAAAAUUCCGAGCCAUCAAACCUAAGCGACUUGAUCAUGAGAUAGGUCGUCGAUUCGAGGCAGAAAAGGACCGCCCGCUCUCUGACUGGGACCUCCUUAAAGCAGCUUGUCUGCAUAAAGUUGUCUGCUCAAAAGGAACUUCUUUCCGCAUCUGGGUGUGGUUUUUGGCCGGUCGAGAAUUGUGUCGAUUGAAGGCUUUGCAACACUCGGGCGACAUCAGAAUCGUUGUGUCGGAGAUACAUGGCCUUUACAAGGUGGACACGAAGUACGCCAGAGCUCUAUUGGAAGGUGGGCUUGACGAGGAAAGUGAGGAUAAUGCUGUUGAUGAAGAGGACUUGAUGGACGACGAUGUCGGAUUGGAAAUGAGUUGA